GAUCCGUUAAAGAUGAUACAAAGAUACCCGCAAAAUUUAUAAGUAGUGCUUCCCAACUGGUGCUGAGUGGUGCAAAGUAUUUUAAUUUAUUUCAAAAUGUUUUCCAAUGUAUUGAUGACCGCGUUGACUCCGCUGUGUAAUACAGAUGAGAAUAGUAGCUGGCAAAAUCGACCAUUUACCGGCGACUGGCCUGAAAACCAGCAAACAUUUAACACAACACAGAUGAUCGCCGAACCAAGAAAUCCAGUAAUUAAUAGAACUAUAAAGAAAAAAAAGCGACACCGUACCGCGUUUAACACGGAUCAAUUACUAGCAUUAGAGCAUACGUUUGCCAGAGCAAAGUACAUUACUGGAGAUAUGCGCAGUGACCUUGCCAAGUCUCUCAAUAUUGGAGAAAGAUGUAUCAAGAUUUGGUUCCAGAAUAGAAGAAUGAAGGAAAAAAAGGAGUCUUAUGAAUCAAGCGACGGUUCUGAAACAAGUAGCGUUAUGGAGGAAUUACCAGUUGGAUUACCAACUCUCCAGGAAAUCGCUAAUGGCAACACUGUUCCUCAAGUCCUGCCUUAUAACCAUACGUACUCCCAAAUAGGAGCGGUAGGUGAUAAUCAAUUUUAUAUGAACCAGUUAACAGACGUUCUGAUGCAUGACUUGUCCAAUCAACUUUGUGACCGCUCUGAGAGUAAUCGUGGAGUCGCGGAGGACUCACCUACUGCUGAACCGUUUGCUGAUGAUAGGAGUACUUACCCUACAUCUUACUUUCCUACGUUGGCAGACUAUUUUUCGGGAAGAAGCUACCAGUAUGAUACGCAGCAAUACGAUUCUAGUAGCACUAUCAGCGCUGAAACACAGCAGUAUGAGAAUAAUGCCACUGAGACACAGCAGUACGAGCCUAGCAGCAUCAAUGCCACUGAAACGCAGUGGGCAGCUAGCAGCGUCAACAGCGCUGAAACGCAGCAGUACCAGCCUAGCAGCAUCAAUGCCACUGAAACGCAGUGGACUGCUAACAGCGUCAACAGCGCUGAAACGCAGCAGUACGAGCCUAACGGCGUCAAUACCACUGAAACGCAGUGGAGUGUUAGCAGCGUCAACAGCGCUGAAACGCAGCAAUACGAGACUAGCAGCAUCAAUGCCACUGAAACGCAGUGGAGUGCUAGCAGCGUCAACAGCCCUGAAACGCAGCAGUACGAAACUAGCAGCACCAAUCCCACUGAAACGCAAUGGACUGUUAGCGACUACGAGACUAGUGGCAUUAAUGCUACUGAACCGCAGUGGACCGCCAGCUAUUUUAAUUUUAAUUAUUUCCAAUGAGUCAAUACAUUUUUAUUUAUGAUAUUAACUGCGUUUUUAUAACGCAAUGUAAUAUUUUAUCAUGUUCCGCUUGUGACUAUUGUAAUUUAUUCAAAAUAAUAUUAUUUUUACUUACAACAAAUAAUAAAAAUAAUA